GGAUGUUUAUUUAUACAGUUUACAUGAUAAAAAAAAAAUUAACUGGUUAAAAGUAAUCAAGUUACAGGAAGAGAGAUAUACAGGAAUUAUUGUGCAGGUUUCGAUCCUAAAUCAACUCGUAUUUGCUACAAACCUCAAAUAAAGGUCUUGGUAUUAUAUAAUCUAGAUUCUGUUGCUUUCAAAUUUAAAGAAUAUGUUGUGUGAAAUGAGAUUUUGAUAAUAAUAUAGUUCCAAAUGAAGCAGACCUCAGACACCAACCAAGUCCAUGGUGAACAUGUAAACAUGCACACAAUAGAUUUUGCAAUUGCACUAUUAAAAUACAGCAAGCUCGGGUUACUGUGUCUAUUUAGAGUUUUGUAUGUUACAGCCGUUUUGUCUGCUCAUUUUUUAAUAAGAAAUGACAUUAUAGACUAGCGCAUUUCUGCUAACACUGAUGUCCGAGUCGAUUCCUAAACGAUUCAAUUUCUGCUAACACUGAUCUUCGAGUCGAUUCCUAAACGAUUCAGUUUCUGCUAACACUAAUCUGCGAGUCGAUUCGCUAAACGAUUCAGUUGAGUGAUUCGCGCGAGCGUUCGCGAGCUCCUCCAACAGACACGACGUGCGUUAGCGUCGUGGCUAACAGCGGUCUCCUGUCAGCAGACUGAUGUCGUUUCUACGAAUUAGACACGUUAAAAGUGAUAUUUAAACAUUUUAUUGCGAGCAAAGCAGUUGUUUAAUUUAGCUAGAAAUAAAAGAAUUGGCCUAUAUAUUAAACACAGUUAAUGGCAACCGUGCUGAGAAAGCGAGGGAAAGCAAAGCAGGAGACUGCUGAGUGGGACAGCUUAUUCCAUCAGGAGCUGAGAAGCCAGGAGCAGUCGCUGGUGUUUGUGAAGCGAAUGCUGGUCCUGGCCGUGUCCUCUAUAACAUACCUGCGUGGGAUCUUUCCAGAAGACGCGUAUCGAACCCGCUACUUAGAAGAUUUAUGCAUCAAAAUUCUUAAAGAAGACUGCGCCUCUGCAGGAGCCUGCAAAAUUGUCAAGUGGUUAAUGGGGUGUUUCGAUGCUCUGGAGAAGAGAUACCUGCAGAUCGUGCUCAUUGGUGUACACAGAGACCCAGAUGACACAAAUCAUGUCAUAGAGUCUUACCAGUUCAAGUUCAAAUACACAAACAAUGGGCCUCAGAUGGACAUCCUCAGAAAUGAGAACAUUGAGAUGAGCCUGACCAUGGAGGACACAAAGAAAGCCUCGGUUCUGCUGAUCAGAAAGCUGUUUCUGCUCAUGCAGAAUCUGGACGCUCUGCCCGAUGACGUCCAUCUCACCAUGAAGCUCUACUACUACGACGAUGUGACCCCACUGGACUACGAGCCGCCAGGCUUUAAGGAGGGAGUGUGUGACAGCCUGUGGUUCGAGGGCACAGCCGUGCACUUCAGAGUAGGAGACCUGCAAACUCCAUUCCACGUGCUGAAGGUGGGAGUGGCGGCCGAGCAGGGCCGUGUGAGUAAACUGCAGGAGGGCGACCACCUGAGAGAGAACGUCCAGGACUCCAUGCAGGAGAUGCCUGGACAGUGCAGGGAGGAGGAUCUGCCAUCUGAGGACGAGUCGGCUGCGCAGUUCAAGCAACCCACAAAAGCCCCAGCGAAGAAAGGAGUCAACAAACUGGCGAAGAGACGGAGGAAAUAACUUUAAAAGCACUCUGGGGCAGUUUGUUUGGACUGAGGUUUUUGCAGUAUGUGUAUACUUGUAUCUAUUUGUACCUUUGUUUUGAGUUAUUUAACUGUUGUAACUUGGAAGGUUUUGCUGUUCAAAAUGUUCGAAGAUUGUAAUUCAAUAAAAGUCUAGAAAAAGAGGGAAAAAAAUAUCUGCAGUCCACAAUGACUGCAUGGAAAUAUUUUCA